GAACAGAGGCUGUGAUGGAUCAGCGCGCGGCUCCUGCUCUGCACUUUUCCUUCUAGUUCCCUGUGCACUCUUCCUCUUUUUUUCGCACUCUUCCUACUUUCUGCUCACUCUUCUUCUUUCUGCUCACUCUUCCUCUUCGUGCGCACUCUUCCUCUUUGUGCGCACUCUUGCUCAUGGCGCAGUGGAGGCUGGUGCGCUGCGGUGUGCUGGUGGGGCUGGUGGGGCUGCUGUGCGUCCUGGCGCUGGUGUUUCUGUGCGUCUGGCUCUUGGACACCAGAUCCAGGAGCUGCGCCGGGGACAGUUACGCGCGCGCGGCCGUGUCCGCGGACUCGCGCCUGUGCUCUGAGGUCGGCAGGAACAUUCUGCAGGAGGGAGGGUCGGCAGUAGAUGGCGCCAUUGCAGCUCUUCUGUGCACCUCUGUGGUCAACCCUCAGAGCAUGGGGAUAGGAGGAGGUUCUAUAGUGACCAUCAGAGACACGUCUGGGAAAGUCAAAGUGUACAACUUCAGAGAGACUGUCCCACAGUCGUAUAAAAGAAACCUGCUGGAGGACUGUCCCAAAACAUUCAGCUUGUCCUCAGGCAGUCAGUGGGUCGGUGUGCCUGGAGAGCUCAGGGGCUAUGAGCUGCUCCACAGACUCUACGGGACACUGCCCUGGCAGAAGCUGUUUGAGCCCACAGUGAAACUGGCCCGGGAGGGCAUCCCCCUGCCCGAGUACCUGGCACGCUUCCUCAGUUUGUCCCUGGUUCGACACAGAGUGGAGAGUACAUCUCUGUGUGACAUUUUCUGCAACAGAAACAGGACAGUUUUAAGAAAAGGAGACACUCUUAAAAACCCUAAACUUGCUGAAACCAUGGAAACGGUCGGGAAGUUGGGGGCGGAGGCUUUUUACAGCGGCGAGGUUGGAAACGCUCUGAUCGACGAUGUAAAGGCCACAGGUGGAACGCUGACCCUGGACGACCUGAAAAGGUUCACCGUCCGAGUGGACGAUGCUCUCCCGGUUCAUUUGGAGGAUAAUGUGGUCCUGCACAUACCUCCACCUCCAGCAGGGGGCGCUCUGCUCGCCUUUAUUCUCCAGAUCAUGAAAGAAUUCGCUCUGAGCCCCAGGUCUCUGGAUAAAGACCAAAAGGUUCAGAUGUACCAUCGUUAUGUAGAAGCUGUUAAAUUUGCCAACGGGCAGAAAAGGAACAUCUGUGACCCACAGUUUAAUAAGAAGAGCGCCGCUCACCUGACUGACCCCUUGUUCAUCGCUCACAUCAGAGCUCUCAUCUCAAACCAGACUCACGACGACUCCGUCUACUCCAGCGUCACCCCCCCCCAGGACCACUUUGGAACGACCCACGUCUCUGUGCUGGACAAGGACGGUCUGGCAGUGUCCGCCACCAGCACCAUCAACCAGCUGUUUGGGGGAGCUGUUUAUUCUCCACAGACUGGCAUCAUCCUCAACAAUGAACUGGCUGAUUUUUGUGGCAGAGCCGACGCAGUGCAGCCAGGUGAACAGCCGCCGUCUUCUAUGACUCCCGUCGUCCUGGAGGACACGUCUGGACGGCUGCUCGUGAUUGGAGGAUCAGGAGGAAGUCUGAUCACCUCUGCAGUGGCCUUGUCUAUAAUGAACCGUCUGUGGCUGAAGAUGAGUCUGAAGGACGCCAUCGCCGCUCCUAUCAUCUUUGUGGAUUCAAAGAACAACGUGAACUUCGAGCCUGGGUUUGACGAGUCUGUUGUCAAAGGUCUGCGAGCUCUCGGACACAGAGUGGGAAACUGGCCCUACUAUCUGAACGUGGUGAACGCCGUGGAGAGAGAGAGCGGCUGCAUCUCUGCCUUUUCAGAUAGAAGGAAGAUGGGAGAGACCGCGGGAUACUGAGGGAAAACAGAAGGAAGAUAAGAGCGAACGUGGGAUACUGAGGGACGACUGAUUUCAUUUGGUCAAAGAAGUGCCUUAAUGUAAAACAACAAAAAACAACUUGACAUUUGACCUGAGCGUGUGUCUCCAUAACUCCAUCAGCACUUCACAAUAAUAAUUCUUGUUUUGUUUUUUGUUUUUUUUAUGAAUGAAAAUGGUGAACAGGAGGCCACGCCCUGAUCCGAUGAUACUGUGACGUCAAAUUUCAGUGGCUGUUUUCCUCUUCUUAUGUUUUCCUUGUUUUGUGUUUUCUCUUCUUCUUGUGUUUUUCUUAUGUUUUCUCUCUUCUUUUGUCUUGGAGCUUCUUCUAAUCUGGCCUUGUUGUUUUUAUACUUUUGACAGUCUUGAAGAACAGAAAUAGGCAUUUGUUUUUUCAUAAAUGUCGUUUACAGUAAACGUGCUUGUGUUAGUCUACAGAUACUUUCUGUUGAAUGUAUAUUUUUUUUAUAUUUCUAUGAACUAUAGACACUGAGCCAGUUUGGAUGAGCCUGUUCUGUUGGUUGGCAGCUUCACUACGACCACAAACGCACAUGUGCAUUUAUAAUAUGCAUUUAUACUGUUUUAUUCACUAUAUUUUUGUAACUUUUGUCUUGUUUUUUCACUAAAGAACGUUGUCUUUUUA